GGGGUCUGGUAGGGGUCUGGUAGGGGUCUGGUACGUCUACAAGAGACUACACGAAGCAGGUGUAUCAGAGUGUAUCAGCUGGCUGGGAAUGCCUAUCUAAACGGAGUAGUUUAGCACCCUGCUAGUGUAACCGAGGUGCACGCGUCCAAGUUUCAGCAAUAGACAGCUACCAUGACAUCUGUAAACGGCCGCUAAUUUUUCUGUCAGAUCUUUAGCUCACAGAAAGUUGAAAUGUGCAUCUCAGUUAGAGGCAAAACUUAGUUUUCAGCUAGCUAGCUUCCAGCUAAGCUUCUAGCGGUAAGACAGACGCCAACUUAGCGGCUUCCGUGCACCUGGCCCCAGAACAUCAUCGACAUGUCGUUUACCUGUACAUGUCACAGUGCACCUGCACGUCAUAUAACCACCUGAUGAAGUUUAUGGUUGUUCUUGAUCUUUCAGUGACUGGUCUGUCUGUCUGUCUGUGUGUCUCUGUGUCUGUCUGCCUGCCUGCCUGCCUGUCUGUCUGUCUGAGAUGAAAGAUGAUUUCAGGGUGCGAUGACAGUGACCUAGAUGAAGUUAUAAUCCUGAAUACAGACAGGUCAUGUUUAUUUAAACAAAAGAUAUCGCGAGAUAACAGCUUGUAGUUCCUGUUACAGACUUGGAAGAGGGUGGGUGGGUUUUUGUAAUAAUUAGCAGAUAUGUCUGUACAUGCAUUGUGAGUUCGUUCCCUUACUACCCGCUUACUACCUCUCUCGCUUGCUCUCUCUUAGGUUUGGGGCAAAGAAUUAUCAGGUUUGGGUAGUUUUGCUCUCCGAUUUGCUGCGGUCCGUCAUCUUAGUAUUUUUUUUUUUCUUCUUUUUUAUUCUCUUUCCGGACUUCAAUCUCGCUGCUUCUCAUUACCUGAUGCUAUUGCAGCGUUUAAUUACCAGUUUAACUCCUCACAGAAGAUUAGUUUCUCGCUAUCCUUCGUUCUAAGUAGUUCAACUGGCGGUGCCUGUGAUUACGUCCCCUUUACAUGGUCCCCUAAACGCGGUUAUCUUCCCGCAGUCCUGUAAAAGACGGUUCGUCGGGGCUGUUUAACGAUUCUUUCCCAUUGACUUUUGUAUAAAGUUGGUUUCAAGCUGAAGACUUCUUUUUUUAUCUUCUCGGCUUCAGAAGACUCUGUCAUUCGCUUUGGUGGGCGUGAAUACCAUGGCACUGACACUGACACUUGACACUGGAGACUUGAUGAACUCAGCACAAGGACAUGGCAGUCUUGUGACAGUGUAAUCAGACCCGACACAGUCCCUGCUAGUACCUAGACAGCACUGAACAAAAAUCUUACAGUCAGAAUUUGUAACUGAUAUGUCGACUUCUGUCACUACUGAUCUCAUGUUUGUGUGGCCGUACAUUAACGGCUGAGUAAAUAUUUCUGAAAAUGUGUAUUCAGCUAUGAACUUUGACCCAAUGUCACGUGAUAGCAAGAAACAAAUAGUACUAAACAAACCUAUUACUUAAUUAUAAACAAUGGAAGCAACAGAAACUCCAUAAAAAAGAACAUUGCCGACCGCCUAUCAUCAAAUCUCCUACAAAUGGCGGAAAUGCUGUCUGUGACCGUUAUGCUACCCAUAAUUCACUUUGUACUUUAGCUGGCUUCUUUUAACCUCAGCUCUUUCAGUGGCGUUCUGAAAAAAAUAUAUUUUUAGUCUUAAAUAUAGGCUGUGCCUUCCCCAUUGAACACAUUAAUUUGCACUCAAAGCAGACCUUACGGGAUCUUUUGAGGGUAAGAGUUUGUUUGGGGGACUUUUUUGUUUUUGUUAUUUUAUGUUUAUGUUUUGUUUUUGGUUUUUUUGUUUUUGUUUUUAUGGAUACAGCUUCUGUUUUGGUUGAUUGAAUGGUUGGUUGACUGGUUAUUUCUACUUCUUUCUGUGUACUCUUUUUUCUGAUUAGUUGUUUCUUUCAAGGUGGAUAAUAUUAAAGCUGAUGUACGGCAGCCGUGGGUAUUGUUGCUUCAUUUUCCUCUGAAACUAUAUUAUCACUGGUCGAUGUGUAGCAGGCAUCUCCACGUCCUUUGUUUCGUGACUGCGCAUGGUGCUACGGGUUAGGUUGAGCUUCCAUGGGUGAAAUCAAUGCACCAGACAGUGGUAUUCAGUAGAUUGUCUCUGGCAGUCCUGCUUGUGUAGGCUCACUGCACUUAAUUGUGCUCCGGCACUCGCUAAUGGCGUCACGUGGGUGCCGAGACUCACAUGGACAGUUCACGUGCCACCCACCGCACGCGCUGCUUGGGCCACAGCCGCCAGGUAGACCACAGGUGUUGUCCUGAGUACGUGAGUGUGGCUACCUGCCUCGUCCACUGGUACCUCAUCUUGGCUAUGACUGAUGGCAAUGGCUGCGCCCAAGAGUUCAAGAGAUGAGGACCUCAACAUGCAGUCCGACAGUGCCGACACCCUGGGUACAGCAAGACUCGACCUGCCCAGUCUCCGGCGCAGAAGCUACACACCCCGGGACGACGUGGCCGACCUUGCCUCGCUCUCGUCUGUGGAGUUGUCAGAGGCGUUGAGCGAGCUGGAAACCGAUGAGCAGAUUCGAGAGUUGGGCGAGGUGUUAGCGCCUGCUCUGGUAGGCACGUUCUCCGCCAAGCUCGACGGCGACAGCAGCACGCCCAUGCUCUACGACGUCACACUGACGUCAUCUGGAAACUACGCCAUCGUGACGGACUGCUGGAACCAUUGCGUCAAGGCUUUUGACCUGCGGGCGCAGGGUUGCCCGUGCCGGAGCGUGUACCCGAUGAAGGAACUGUAUCCGCUGUGCAUCACUAGCCUCAGCCACCCGGAGAGGGUGGCCCUGACCUUGCAUCAUGAGGCCAGAAUCGUCGUUCUGGCUAUCGCGGACGAGGAUGAGGAGGUGGAGGCUAGCGACGCAAGAUCACACAAGAACAUGCUGUCGUUUCACUCGGAGAUCGCGACCAAGGGAGAGUACCGCGGCAUCGCCCGCCUGUCCCCCUGCCACGGACCUGCAGCAGACGCACCAGGGACAGCAGCUGCAGCUGAUCCCUCCUCAGAACGCCUCGCCGUGACGGCGCCCAAGGAAAUUCACAUCCUGUCUCUGAACGGAAGCAUCUUGCAGGUGGUUGUUCCCUCACUGUGCGGUCUCCCGUUGCUAAGCGAUGCCAUCUACGUUACAGCGACCCCUAGAGGCGACGUGGUGGUUAGCGACGUGGGCACGAAGCGCGUCGUCUGCGUCGACCGGUCGGGCCGCCUGCGCUGGUUUCAACCUUUCAUCGAAAUAUCGCAUGACGAUGACCUCGACAACGAAGACGAAGACGAGCACAACAGCAGCUGUCCCAACGGCACCCACGCCCACGCGGACUUUAAAGGCAUCCAGUGGCCGCUGGGGGUCGCCACUGACGAGGCUGGUCGCAUCCUGGUGUGCGACUUGGAACUGCACAGCGUGGUGCUGCUCUCCCCAGGGGGCGCAGCCAGCCGCCUGUUCUUGACUGAAACGGAAUCGCUGGAAUACCCACGUGGCCUGCACGUGGCCAACGGCCGCCUGUGUCUCACGCAAGAUCACUGCAUCAAGGUCUUCUCGUACUAACUACACGUUGCAUAGCAACAGUUGCUAACGCUGUGAGUAUGGAUAACAGUUCUGGAACACUGGUCCCACCCGUCAUAUACCAGGACAACAAGCUUCGGACAAGCUUCCAUUAUUAGCUCAUUAAAUUUUUAUGUUAAUUUUGUUGCACUUAAAUGCAGUCCCUCGAGCAAAGAAUUUUUUUUAAAAACUUCUUAAAAUGAAGGACCAUGUGUUAGCUUCCUGUGGUCAGGAGCUCAAAAUGCCGCCAGGACACUAACUAAAAAGCCUAGCAGUCAGUUAACUUAUAACCAUCAUGGCUAACUUCCUGUUAGCUAUCCAGCUAGCGCCUAAACAUUACUAUGCAUCUAGUCUUUGAAUAACAUUCUACUGCUUUCACACUGCAAUGAAAAUAAAUCUUGUUGCUUUCCCGAGGACAUAACCUACUAAGCAAAAAUUCUUUCGACAUCUUGCUAUAAAAAAAUGCGCUGCUUGAAUAUUUGGAUGGAGUUUGAUGGUCGUUUUCAACUGUUUACUGGACUGUCUGCCAUCUUGGCUAAAGAAGCCAGACCAUCAGCAAUAAUGUUAGCAUCUUAACAUCUCAAUUUCAUCUCCUCGUUGAGGACACUGCUGUGAGAACUAAGAGGUCACAGUGACAGUGACCUGUAUACACUCGGUAACACUGAGAAAAGUGUUUGUGAACAACGAGGUUGGCAGCAGAUAAAUAAUAAUGACAGGCAACAACCACGAGGAGCAUUAAUUAGACAUUCUUGUCGGUAAACGAGGACAGUAUUUAUCAUCCUGGUAGAUGUUAAAAUGUUUAAAAAAAGAUAAAAAGAUAAAAAAGAAAUGGAGUUUUUCUUUUUAACCACGGUGGUCACAGUGGCAAGUUUGUCGGUUGUUUCAGUAAAUGUCCAGUAAACUUUAACUGCAAAAUUAGUUUCACAAUUUUUGUCCAUGUGUCUCUCUUACUCGCUUAGCAAUGUCUUUUACAGUGAUGCCAUGACAUAGGUUUGAAAAGAAACAAAAAUUAAUGGUACGAGAUGCUGUGUAAGUAAGCUGCUUCAUUUAAUAAUCUUUAUUUAUUUCUUCUACCACUUUCAUUUUCUCUCGCUGUGAUCCUGUCAUUACAUGUUACCAACUCUUUUUUGUUGUUGUUUCAUGAUUUCCCAUCCCAGGUUGACUAGAACUAUUCCUCUUUACAAAACACUUUCUUGUUGUCAAGAGGAAUUGUUCAGAAGAUCGGAGUGUGGAGGUUUUCCUGUGUUUUCAUGCCGCAAUUGUCGUGGUUGUCGCUAGGCAUUAACACCCGAUUACUACCCUCGUCACUUCCUCAGCCCUCAUUCAGGUAUGGCCUUUCUGUGAGUCUGCCGCCGAGCAUUGUGCUGUUGGUAUUCAAAUAUCCUAGACAGUAGGGGUUCUGGGCAGCUGCUGUUCUGGAGGCACUCCCCGGCAAAGCACACCUGCAACACGAUUGUGAAUCUUCUUCUAUCAAACUCUGUAUUCCCUAGCGGGCUUUUACAUGCACUAGCUUAUGGCUUUAGGUCUUCCACAAACAAUGAUUAAAGCUCUACUGUACACCCUGCAAAGACCUAUGUUUGUUCUUUAGUCUCAUUGUUUUGAUAUAUUCAGAAUCAUAUGAUUUAUUAAAUGACCGAGCGCUGAAGACUUCACUGCCAAAAGACCCGAACUGAUGUGGUACAGACACAGGGAUCACCAGGAGCUACAAAGAUAACAGAGGACAAUAGAGAGAGAGAAGAAGGGGAGAUGAAACUAAAGAUGAGAAGACAACUUCCAAAAGUGGACAAUCAUUCACCUGAUCUCUAAGAAUGGCAAAGAAACUGGGAAAGGUACGGAAACAAUGUAAAAUCGGAGAGACAGAUCAUGUUGAGGAGGAUCAUCAUGUGAUGUAACUAUUAUUAAACCUGUUCGGUGAUCGAGUCUCUUCACUUGCUACUGUUUCUUGUUUGCAUGCUCUUAACAACUUACAAGUUACAUAAUGUUCUGUAGAAUAAGAAAAUAAAGUGUAAAUAACC